AUGCUGUACCGAAACACAGCAGUCCUGAUCUUCCCCCUCGUGGUGCUCACCUGGUACCUCAUCUCCCGCUCCCUCUCCCAGUCCACCCUCCACCCCGCCCCCCUCCACGCCGACACCGACACCGACACGGACCCCACUACCGCUCCCGUCGCAAUCAGCUACGGCACCGGCUCCCUCCUCGCCCCGCCGCCCGCCCCCCCUCCCUCCCCCUACGACCCCAGCAAGCACGCCUACGUCUUCUACGCCACAAACAGCGCCUACGCCUGCUCCGCUAUCGUCAACGUACACCGCCUUAUCAGCGACACCGCCACCUCAAACAUCCUUCUGCCCCGCCGCAGAAGGAGUUCUAGGAAGGCCCGACCGCCGCCCGCGCAGGGAGGCGGGACUGAGAUCUGCAUUGGAUGUCUUUUCCGUGUUCAGGCCGCCGAGCAAGGAGCGAGCUCCAGGGGACGGAACUGGUCCACCACAGCUUGCGCCGACCCGCGCGCAGUCGAGGGCCCAGUUACGUCUGUCGAGGACCAGCUUGACGAUAUUGUGGGAGAAGAGAGGGCGGAUGGGCGGAGGGUCAGAAUUCACGCGAAGGGAGUGGGGGGCACGGUGGACGAGGCCCAGCGCAGAAUGGGGAGCAGCGGUGAGCUGUAUCGGAGAAUGGCCGGCAUGGGGAUAGACUACCAUAUCAUCGCUGCCGCACUGGGGAAGCCAGUGCGGAUUGAUGUGGGGGGAAUGUCGGCGAGCUAUCACGAAGGCCGACGGACGCAUACCGUUGUUGGGGGGUAA